UUUCAUGGGUUUUCCUGGCUUUUCUUGACUCUGGUGUGAAUCCUUCCAAUCAAGAUGGGAGAAUGUAUUCCUCUCAGGGAUCAAUGAGUAUGGAUUUUUAACGACUGCUUUUUUGAGAUUAUCUGACUAUGGAAGGGGCACUCACUGGGCCUCUGAAGACCUUUAAGUCAUCAUCUUCCACAAACCCAGAAAUUGAGGAAACUCGGCUGAACAUUGACAAGAUCUCAGAGCAUGUGGAGGAGGCUAAGAAACUCUACAGUAUUAUUCUCUCUGCACCAAUUCCAGAUCCAAAAACCAAGGAAGACCUAGAGCAGCUCACGACUGAGAUCAAGAAAAGGGCCAACAAUGUCCGGAACAAACUGAAGAGCAUGGAGAGGCAUAUUGAAGAAGAUGACGUCCGGUCUUCUGCAGACCUUCGGAUUCGAAAAUCCCAGCAUUCUGUCCUCUCCCGGAAAUUUGUGGAGGUGAUGACCAAAUACAACGAGGCUCAGGUGGAUUUCCGUGAACGCAGCAAAGGGCGAAUCCAGCGGCAGCUGGAAAUCACUGGCAAAAAGACAACGGACGAGGAACUGGAGGAGAUGUUAGAGAGUGGCAACCCUGCCAUCUUCACUUCUGGGAUCAUUGACUCCCAGAUUUCCAAACAAGCCCUCAGUGAGAUUGAGGGACGGCAUAAGGACAUUGUGAGGCUGGAGAGCAGCAUCAAGGAGCUUCACGACAUGUUUAUGGACAUUGCCAUGCUGGUGGAGAAUCAGGGUGAGAUGUUAGAUAAUAUAGAGUUGAAUGUCAUGCACACAGUGGACCAUGUGGAGAAGGCACGAGAUGAAACCAAAAGAGCCGUGAAAUACCAGGGUCAGGCCCGGAAGAAAUUGAUAAUUAUCAUUGUGGUAGUAGUUGUGUUGCUGGGCAUUUUAGCGUUGAUUAUUGGACUUGCUGUUGGGCUGAAAUAAGAGUGGCCUGAGAGGCUGCUGCACUGAAAUGUAAGUAAAUGAUGGUUCUUGGGGACUCUGGACUGGCUCUUCAUGAGGAAAUUGGCCUCGAAUUUCAAAUUCCACUUCUUUUCUCUAUGACUGUCCUUAGACACACUGAGCUUUCUAAUACUUUGGGUAGCCUGUGGAUUCUUCCAUCACCCUAAAAUUCUAUUCUCAGGUUCUGGCUGCAGUACGUGGGUCAGGUCUCCUGGUGUUCUGAUCCUGUGCUCCCCACUUUAACUCCCUUUACCAAGGAAGCAUGCCCCUAAGUUGGGUACAAUCUAUGUCUUGGAUCUAAGAGUCUGUCUUUUGAAUUCUUACUGGCUUUCAUGGCCAUUGGACUUUGCUUUCCAUAUCCUUUUCAAUGUAAAUGAAGCUUUGAAUUGGGAUUUGGGUCUGUAGAGUUUUG